GCUCAGUGCUGGGUGCUGUGACAGUGGGGCUCUCGGCGACGCUGCUGGGGCUGUGGGCCUUCUGCGAUAUUCUGCGAUGGAGGACGCCCGCGGCCUUAAAGACGCUGUAAAGGACGCUAUAAACGAGGUGUCCAGCCUGUUGGCGCAGGAGCAAGAGAAGGAGGUGAAAGAGAGGGCAAAAAAGAAAGACGACUGCGACAAGUCCAAGGAGAUGUCAUUGAAGCUGGCCAGGGCUGUGCAGCGCUUUCUGGGGCGAGAGGAAGACCUGCGAGAGCUGAUUGGCGUUGAGGUGAAGAGGCUGCUUGCGGAGGAAGAGGCAGAGCCGGCAGAGGAUGCGGAGGAGCCCUUCGUAGUCAGGCCCGACUUCUCCAAGGAGGUGAGAGGCCUGCUGGGUGCGGGAGGUUUCGGGCGGGUGCAGCUGGUGGAAGGCGAGGCCUGGAAAGCGGCGCCCAAAGCCUUCCACGAGAAGAGCGGCUUCAAGGAGUCGCUGAUGUGGGAGAAGCUGGUCCUCGGCGCUACCCUGCGCUGCCCCUGCCCGUUCAUCAUGAAGUACCACGGCUGCUGCCACACGGCCAAGUACGUCUACUUCAAGGUGGAAGCGCUGCUGGGUGGUGAGCUCUACACCGUCUACAAAAAGGAAAACCUCUGGGGCAGCGAGGCCCACGCGCGGUAUUUCCUCGCCUGCACACUGACCGCGCUGGAGCACCUACACUCGCUGCGGGUGAUGCUGAGGAGCUUGAAGCUUGAGGAUUGCGUGCUCAGCGCCACGGGCGUUCUGAAGUUGGUGGAUUUCGGGCUCUCCAAGUUCAUCGUCGACAAAACCUUCACGACCUGCGGCACUCCGGACUAUUUCUCCCCUGAGGUCAUCUCUGCUACAGGGCACUCCUUUCCAGUGGACUGGUGGUGUGCGGGGGUGAUGCUCUUCGAGCUGCUGGCUGAAACCGCGCCCUUCUCCUCCGAGACGCCCAUGCAAAUCUACAGCAAGGUCCUGGGGGGCAUCCAGAGGGCUGACUUCAGCCCAGUUGGCGAAGAGGCGAAGGAUCUGAUUUGUGGCCUGUGCGCGCAGCAGCCGGAGGAGCGCUUGCCGGAGAAGGAAGGCUUCGACGCGGUGCGGCGGCAUGGCUUCUUCAAGGGUCUGGAUUGGCAAGGAUUGGGAGAUAUGACGCCACCCUACCGCCCGCCAUCAGCGGCCCCCUUGAGCAACUUCAACGUCCAGGAGGAUGACCUGAACCCCGGCUUCGGCAGCGUGGAAAUCGGGGCGCCCAGCUGCAGCCAGUGGUGGGCGCAGCACUUCGGGCCGCAGCUGGAUGGGGACGAGUUCGCGGAAGCCUCCGUUAGUUGCAGUCUGUGCCCUCCACUGGGCCUGUGCCAGUAGCCUCUUCCGGAUUAGAGUACGGAAUCUGGACUGGAGAUGUGUCUCAACUUUGUUUCCAAAUGGCUUGAGUUUGCAAUACGGGGU